AUUACCCCCAAAAUAGGUAUCACCAUUUUGCCAAGUAUUCCAAACCAGUCCGCCGAAUGUCGUUAAAAAAAUUGGAGUGUUUUUGUAGUUUUUUUUAUAAAAUCGGAGUUUGUUCGCGCAACUAAAUCAUGUGUGGAGUACUGAAAUGUUGUUGCAAGUGUGCCGGUAGCAUUGCGUGUUGCUGCUGCCAGUGCGCGUUUCAAACGCUCUGCUGUAUCAUCUUUGUGGUGCUGAUCGUAGCGCUGGCCAUCGGGCUCGGAAUCUACUUUGGGAUCUUCCACAACGCGGACAGCGGCAACGCGAGUACCACCACGACGACCACCCCCGUCAGCAGGCUGCUGAGCACGUUGUAUCCGAAAUUGGAGGAUGAUGAUUCGUUGCAUGGUUAAGGAGAGUUUAUGGAUGAAAUUGUGGUGAUCAGCGCAAAAUUUAGCGGUUUUUAAAUGUGUGAUUGUAAUUUAUACAAAAACGAUGUAAAUACAGAGUAGUGUGUGGAGUAAACAUUUUAUUUCUGAAAAUG